GGUGUUGUCCUCCCGCUAGACUCCGGGUGGUAGGGGCGGUGCGGAUUUUCAGCUAUGGAGUCGGGAUAGGGAGUACUCCGCAGAGACGCGGCCAGCAAGCUUAUUUGAGUGCUGGGAGUCAAGAUUCCAGGUAAGAACCUCUACGAACUCGAAGCAGCCUCGAAGCCACCUCGAAGUGCCAGGUGGCAGGCCUGGCCCGGAGAACACACCCCUUCAUCUGCUUUUCGUAAAAGGUAAAGAAAAAAAAAGCUCUGCCCUGGGAAGACUGAGUCCUUCUACACCUCCAUCCCGAGAUGAACUCCACUUCACGAACCAAACCAAACCAAACCAAACCAACCCUUUAAACAGGAGACAAGAAGUAUCGAGAAAUAUGAGAGGACAUUCUGCGGAAUAAGAGUGAUUUUACAGCGAGAUGCUGCUCUCCAUAGGGAUGCUCAUGCUGUCAGCCACACAAGUCUACACCAUCUUGACUGUGCAGCUGUUUGCAUUCUUAAACCUACUGCCUGUAGAAGCAGACAUUUUAGCCUAUAAUUUUGAAAAUGUGUCUCAGACAUUUGAUGACCUUCCAGCAAGAUUUGGUUAUAGACUUCCGGCUGAAGGUUUAAAGGGUUUUUUGAUUAACUCAAAACCAGAGAAUGCCUGUGAACCCAUAGUGCCUCCACCACUAAAAGACAAUUCAUCUGGAACUUUCAUCGUGUUAAUUAGAAGACUUGAUUGUAAUUUUGAUGUAAAGGUUCUGAAUGCACAGAGAGCAGGAUACAAAGCAGCCAUAGUUCACAAUGUUGAUUCUGAUGAGCUCAUUGGCAUGGGAUCCAACGACAUUGGUCUGUUAAAGAAAAUUGACAUACCAUCUGUCUUUAUUGGAGAAUCAUCAGCUAAUUCCCUGAAGGAUGAAUUCACAUAUGAAAGAGGGGGCCACAUUAUCUUAGUUCCAGAAUUUAGUCUUCCUCUGGAAUACUACCUGAUUCCCUUCCUUAUCAUAGUGGGCAUUUGUCUCAUCUUGAUAGUCAUUUUUAUGAUCACAAAAUUUGUCCAGGACAGACAUAGAGCUAGAAGAAAUAGACUUCGUAAAGAUCAACUAAAGAAACUCCCUAUACAUAAAUUCAAAAAAGGAGAUGAAUAUGAUGUAUGUGCCAUUUGUUUGGAUGAAUAUGAAGAUGGAGAUAAGCUCAGAAUCCUUCCCUGUUCCCAUGCUUAUCAUUGCAAGUGUGUAGAUCCUUGGCUAACUAAAACCAAAAAAACCUGCCCAGUCUGCAAGCAAAAAGUUGUUUCUUCUCAAGGUGAUUCAGACUCUGACACAGACAGUAGUCAAGAAGAAAACGAAGUGUCAGAACAUACCCCUCUACUUCGACCUUUGGCUUCUGUCAGCACCCAGUCAUUUGGGGCUUUGUCAGAAUCUCGCUCACAUCAAAACCUGACAGAAUCUUCAGACUAUGAGGAAGAUGACAAUGAAGAUACUGACAGUAGUGAUGCAGAAAACGAGAUUAACGAACAUAGUGUUGUGGUUCAACUGCAGUCUAAUGGUGAACGGGAUUAUAACAUAGCAAAUACUGUUUGACCCAAUCAGAGGGUGAUUGGGUUAUUUCCCUUCAAAAUGUUUAUUUAGGUAUAUAAUUUGAUUUUUUUUGCUCCCUUCACAGAUUUCUGUAGAAAUAACUUAUUUUUUAGUAUUCUACACUUUAAUCUUACUGAAACCAUUUUAAAAAAAAAUCUAGUGUUUAUCUGGACUGUAUUUCAUUUUACUAAUAAGUAUUAACAGACUGUUGCUGUAACUCAAGCAUCAAGUCAGCUCUUAUUUUGGAAUGAAAUAUAACCAAACAUUAAUUUUUUUUCUCAGUAUAGCUUGCAAUUAAGACCUAGAUCACAGUAUGCAAAUUUUGUGUUUUACACACAAGGUCAAUGCUGUGGCUGCCUAGCAUGAGCUAAGCCAACUUCCAUUUCCACAAAGUCACCUCGAGUUGUUGAGUUGGAAUGUUUGAUCUGAUAUUACCCUAAAUUGCCAUCAUUAGGGAGGGGCAACAAGGUAAUUUAGCAUUUUUCCUCCUGUUGGCAGCACAAACUCAAAGCCAUCUUUCUUCUUUCUAUUCCCAAGUAGUCUUCUUACCCUGAAAGGAACAGUCUAUAUUGGUGCAGAUUUCAAGUUUUAAGGUUUCUAAUACUAUAGUAUUAUGUAUGAAAUUGAGUCAUCAGAUAAAGUAAUAUGUCACUGGACUUAAGUUACUGAAUUUCAGUAUCCUUAAGGGUUUUGUGUUGUGAUCAAAGCAAAAAGGAAAUGCUAUACAAAAAUACCAAACUUCAACUUUUAACACACAGAUCAUAUACCUCUUAAUAAAGAGCAUCUUAUGCUAAUUAGCCCUGCUACACUAUGUACAGAGGAAAUUGUUCAAAUAUUGGAUUUGAAAAUAAUUGCUUAUGUUUAACAGAACUAAUGAUCUAUGUAAACAAUGUAUUAUGAAAAGCUAAAUUAUACAUCAUUGUAACUACAUAUAAAAUAUAGACUUAAUGUAUAAUCAAAAUGCUAAGAAUUUUUAUAUGGCCUUGUAUGAAGGGAGUUUGAAUGUUAAUAAACACAUUUUCUACUUUAA